AUGAAGGCGGACUUCGGAAGCAGCGGAUUACGGACGGAGCCACGGGCGGCGUCCUUCGCGAAGGAAGCUGCAUCGGUCCCGACCGCGGGAGGGCGAAGAAAGGAGUGGGGGGCAAUCAUCUUGUCCACGGACCGACUGAUGAGUUACGACUUGGGUUUGCACUACCUUUCGGAGGAGGAAGUCGACUUCGACGUCCCACCGAUAGAGUUUGCGAAACGGCAGCCCUCUCCUGGACCGUUGAACAACGCACCGGAAUUGCUGCAGGCAUUUGCGGACGACGGUGACGUCAUCAACGACGACUUGCUGCGGCGAGUGGUUGAAAUUCCGGUCCUUGCGUUAGCGGCACCGGAAGCGGAAGCGACCUCCGGAAGGGCGGACGGCGGAGCGGCAGGCGACGUUUUCGUCGCAGACUCGGGUGAGUUGGCUUGUUGCCAUCCGCAGGAGAAGUUCUUCUUCUUUCUGAGUGGAGAGAUUGGAAGGCCGGACGUGGCAGAGAUCUCACCGACUCUGAAGAUGUAA